CUGUAAACCAGUGAAACCAGGUAAACCAGGUAUACUAGUAACUAUACAGUGGACCCGGAGCAGAGAAACCAGAAAUUUAAAACUCUCAUCUCAACCCUUAACAGUUAAACAUAAAGCCAUGAGAAAAUUAAACCAGAGUCGGUAAAUAAAGGAUGAAUAUGAUAAAACCAUUCGUGGAAUAGCAAACCAGAUCGUGAUACUUUUUUCAAAAAUGAUCGGAAGAAAUAUACUUUUCGUUUUUCUGACCACACCCUUGUUUGUCCUGGGUCAGGAUUUCGGAGAUCUAAUUGGGAUGCAUGUUGGAUGUUUCCUGGAUAACAAGGAAACAAGAGACCUGGAAUUCCAGGUUCCAGGACAACCCAAUACAAUUCAACUUUGUAUUAAAGAAUGCAAAAAGAAUUUUUAUCUCUACGCAGGAUCUCAGAACGGACGGUACUGCUACUGUGGUAAUGAGUACGGGAAGUACGGAGAAGGAGUUUGCUAUGCCCGGUGUGUUGGGGAUACCAGCACUAUAUGUGGAGGAGCAGACUCAAAUACAAUCUAUAAAACAGGACUGGAUGUUCUUGCUCCGCCCUCGAACCUGAGAACGAAAGGGGAACCAAAGAACUCAACCAUCUCUAUUGAAUGGGAUACUCCGCGGGUCAGUAACCUUCUUAUCCUGGAGUUCAAGGUUCUGGUUCAUCUCAACUUCUCUUAUAGUCCCGAUAGAUCCAGGUUUCAGAACAAAUCUCUCAAGGUCUCCAAUACAACACUAGCAGCAAAUAUUAUAGGUUUGCUCCCUGGCUCCCAGUAUGAAGUGAGUGUGUAUGCUCUGACUGAAGAAGGUUCUAGUUCUCCGGUAUCAGGUCUGUUCUGGACAGAGGUCGGGAUACCUAAACAACCCUCUCCUCCCACCAUAGUUAAACACGACCUGGAUCAUAUUAAAGGAACUAUACAUGCCAAACUACAUCCCGUGGAGGAGUUCUACGGACCUAUCACGUCCUAUCUCGUCCUUGUCCUGGACGAGACUACUCCGAGUCCGUUUGAUCCUGAAACCUUGUUGGAUUAUGAUACAGCAAAGGCCGAGGGAUUAAACUACUGGGUUACAGCGGAGCUAGAUACAGACUAUCUUCAUACUCAUGAGGAGUUUACUAUUGGAGAUAAUCAAGAAUAUCGUGGAUAUAAAAACCAUGGUCCGCUCCGGGAUAGAGAUUACCAUGUAUCCCUGGCUGCUGUAUCUCAGUUGAAUGGGGUUACCAAGAGAUCAUUCGCCAUGGUUAGUCAUGAUCAACACGAUGUUGGUAACAUGGUAGUUUUUAAAUUCGAAAGUCUUGAAGAUCAAUCCAAAGAUGAUGACCAUGAUCAUGAUCAUGAUCAUGAUCAUGAUCAUGGUCAUGAUGAAAAUGAUAAACAUGAGGAAGAGAAGGUUGUGAUUGAGGAAACCUUCUUGAAAACCAUGACUGAUGAAACAGAGAAACUAUUAGAUUCAACGGCAACGACCGUUUUAACCGUUUCAAUCGUCGUUGCCGCGGUUCUUCUCAUUCUAGCGGUCGGAUUCUUUAUGUUUAUCCGAUAUUCUCUCGGUAAACGGUUUCGUAGACGGCGAACCAACAAUCAGGAGCUGUUAACAACCGUCCCAACGAUGGAUCCACAGGAAAGUGGAUACCUGGAUAACGAUGCAUUCGAGACGGAGCAGCAGCGAACCCAAGAGGAAUAUUUCCAAUCCCUGGACGGAAAAGUUUGGCAGAUUCCACGGAAUUUUGUCGAGGUUCAAAACGAGGUUCUUGGUCGGGGUAAAUUUGGCACUGCCAUGAAAGGUACCGUGAGUAUGAACAACGAGAUAGUCGCAUGCAACGUGUACAUCAUCCCCAACAAGAUGAUGGAUAAGACGGACAGGUUGAAUAUGCUUAAGGAGUUGGAUCUGAACAUCAAGGCCAAGUUUCAUGAGAACAUCACGAACCUAAUAGGUAUAUGUGAGGAGCAGGAGACAACUUUACUCGUCCUGGAUCCAGCAGAGAUAGAGCUUAAACAACUUCUCCUAGAUAGUCGGUCCUUGGAAACCCAUCCUAGCUAUGCGGAGAAAUCAAACCGGUUUUCAUCAAUCCGUGAGGAGGACGCAAUUAGUAUCAUGGUUGGUAUAGCUGAAGGGUUGGAUCAUCUCACGCAUAGCGGUGUUCAAAUUCGUCAACUCUGCUCCCGGAUGGUUUAUAUGGGACCUGGAUACAGGCCAAAGAUAUUUGGGUUCGGAGUAGCGGAGUACAACAAGAGACCCCGGAGUUUAGAUUACACAAGAUGGAGUUCUCCGGAGACGCUGCUGAAAAACCAGUUCAGCUGUAAGAGUGCAGCUUGGUCCUUUGGUUGUAUUAUGUGGGAAAUUGUUACUUUAGGUGCGACCCCUUACUGUGGUUUAAAAACCCGGGAGGUGAAGAGUCGAAUUCUACAAGGUCUACGGUUGCCGCAAACCCGAUACACUAGCGACAUCUUGUAUCAGCUGAUGUUAACCUGCUGGAUGACGGAUCCAAGUGAACGGCCGGACUUCUCAACAGUCCUGGACUCAUUCUCAGAUAUGGUCACUUCACAGCAGGGUCUGCUCUGGUAUUCUCUUUACCCGGAGUUUCAGUAUGAAGAAUACAACCCGGAGCUAGAAUUCGUCUCGUCCUCGUAGUUCGAGGGAGUACCCGGGAUAAACCGGAUACUAAUCCAAACCCUAGUUUAUAUCCCAGUUCUUAAACUGGGAACUGACAAUGUCAAAAUUACUUUCAAAGCUUCCUUUUCAAAGUACAAAAAUAAAACAUUGAUAUUAAAGAAGUGAGAUUUGUGUGAAUCUACCCUAACAUAACAGGGGAAUUAAAAAAAAAAUAAGACAAAUAUCAAUUCAACAAAGAUUGGUGGAAUCAGACCUGCUCCGUGAACUAGUUAUGUGACGCAAAUUAAUUCUAUUUCAAUAGAGUUUUAAAAACAUGGAAAAUUGAAGUUGUCUUAGUUGAGCCUUGAUAAAAUUGUUAUUGCAGCAAGAGCUGUAAUGUUCAGCAAUAAUUCCCUUUAACAAGCCAUGAAAAAGAAAAUCUUUAAAAAAACUUUGUCUCUAUCACUCAAAAAGAAUAUUUCGAAAUUUGUCUGUCCUACUCGAACUCCUAUUACAGUGUUGUAAACCUAGAUUUAUUAGCAUAUGUGUUUCAAAGCUAAUUAUUCGGCCAUUUAAAAAGUUCUUGCCAUUUUCUAAGUUUUAUUUUUACAUCAGACAUUGUCCAAAAUAUACCGAUUUAAGCUUAACCAAAACUGUAACCUCCAAUUACUCAUUAGUAAAGUAAACUUGAAUAAUGUAAUGUGAAUAUGUAAAAUAUGGAAACUGUGAUUAUAUAAAGUGAUUUUUAAUUAUUAAAAACAGAUUUUUGUUACUGAACCAACUGCAUUUAAACGCAGAUAGGCAGAUAGGCAGUCUUGAUUUUAGUUUAAAACAAGUAAAAUGUAAUGCUGUGAGAGGUUAUUAUUAAAAAAUAUACCAUACAGUGAGAAUCAGAAAACUGUGGAAUUGGAAGACGAUAUUAAAGCAAUACUUGAAGUGUAUUUUAUGUUUUUAAAUUAGGCAAAUAGUAAUUGUAAAUCACUGCACAAUCGAUGUGUCUCAUGUUCACAAAACUUUGAGUAAAAGUUUUUUCCUAUUCCAAGGUUAUUUGGUUCUCAUUGUACAUAAUAUCACAAAGACUAACGCUCUUCUCCGAUCCGUGUAUAUAAACCAGAUUCUUGUACCAGAAAACAGAAAAUAAAACAUUCAAACUUUA